AUGAGCGCUCACAAAGUCGAAGAUGUCGAGGCAGAAGAGUCGCUGGACAUCGCUUCCGCAAUGGGAUUUUCCGGCUUCGGAGCACAGGGCAAGAAGCGAAAAUUCGGUGGCGACGACAACACCUUCAUCGACGUGGGAGAAAACGGACCACAGGACAAGAACGUCACACCCACAUCAUCGAUCGCAUCAGGAAGCAAUGCGAUAGCCGCAGGAACCAAGAGGUCGAUGAAAGCAGAGGCGUCCUCGGGUUCCACUGAUGCGCCGCCGAGCCAAGCCAACAACUCGCAAGCACCAUCAGAGUCAUCAAAGACGACUGACAUGCCGGUGGUAGACAUCGACAAGGCUACUCCUCAGCAGUUGCGGAAUGGCGUACGCAACAAGAACGGCGACACGACGAAGACACUGCGGGAGCGCGCGGAGGAGUUGAACAAGCUCCUCCGAGUUGAGGACGCGAGUGGCCAAGAGGACUCGACAGCAGUCGUGGAAGACGCCCCCAGCAGCACCCAGUCCGUCGCUCUCGAGUCAGGUGAAGCGACAUACUUGGUCCCGCCUACAGAAGCUCCACAGACGCGCAAGGCAGAUGAGAGCCUGGCCCAUGUUCAUGACAACGGCGAAGUACUGUCGCCAGGGGCAUUUCAACGCGCCGCAGUUCGGGCGAUAGUAGCGGAGCGUUUGCGUACUGAGCAGCGGGCGCAGUCGUUGCCCCAGAUCGAUACCACAGACUUCCCGCAAGCUCGCGACGCUGUCGAAAAAUUACUGGGCUAUCGUUUCAAGCAAGAAUCAGGACUGGAAGAGGCUCUGUAUUGCGGACCGCAAGCAGCUUUGGGGAGCAGUAUACUAUUUGAAGCAAAUCUUCGCUUAGCUCAGCUUGGGGAUUCAGUUCUUGACCUCAUACUGAACGAGAGCGGCUAUGAUGCCGGGAAACGCAAAGGCGAUAUCGAUCACCGGCGCGCAGCCAUAGCAUCGAAUGAUAAUCUAACAGCAAUGGGCUACAAGAAAGGCAUUCCAAAACUUCUGCUUAGUCCACGCGGCCACAAUCCUCCAAAAUUUGCCGUUGCGGCAUGCGUGGAAGCGAUCCUGGGAGCGGUAUACAAAGGCUCUCAAGGCGAUUUGGGCGCUGUGAAGCGGUCCAUGGCUAUGUUCGGGUUGUUGUGA